UGUGUGGUGGUGUGCGCUCGGUGUGUCAUCGCUGCCACCCCCACACAGCUGAAGUCUCAGCCACAGAGAGGGAGAGUGGAAGGGAGUGAAAGGCCGCUUGGAUGCGUGGGAGAUCCCCUGAAUCUUGUAUUUGAUCAGAUGUAGAUGCACGUUGUGCUUCCAGUCUGUGUUGCGGCUGCGGAGGGGAGAGAGGAUGGCGCACACGGCCAGAGCGCACGUUCCCUGCUUGUCCGCGAUGAUCAUGGUGGCUAUCACGACCUCGUGUAUCACCUGGCUCCUCGUGUCAAAGGAGCCUAAACUCUUUGUACAAAUCCUUAACGGUACAUCAGUGGCAGAUAUGUUCAGAGCUCCAUGUUCCCCAGCAUAUUGUUUUUUUCAAGUGCUCGAGGACCCUUUAGAUGACAAACGUCUGGCCUGGGACAAUAAGUGGGGUUCCAAGAAUUUCACCCUGGAUGAAAGUAAAAUGCGGAUAAAGGUGAAGGAGCAAGGUGUUUAUCUGAUCUACAUACAGCUGACAUACAGUCUCAAAAAGGAUGAAAAAAGCACUAGCGUAGACCUCACGUUGAAUGUGGAGUUCAACUAUGAUGAAAGUCAGGAGGAAUUCGCUGGUGCCUUUGACACACGGGAGCUCAGAGAGAAGGAAGAAGACGCCCACCUCUCAACCUUCAUCCUGCUGCCCAUGAAGGCUGGAAACAGCCUCUCCAUAUUGGCAACACCGAAGGAGAGGAUAAAGUAUAACGAUGUUCGUCCAGUUUCCAGCUUUAUCUCCAUUAUUCGGUAUGCUGAUUUAUCAGCCUGAGCAGGAAGAAGCUAUCAACUUCCCAUGAAUUCAUACAUGCUCUAUGUUUGUCAGCUAUUUUUAUUCUUGCUACUUAAGUCACAAAACUGAAAUUCUUCUGUGAUGAUGUCUAAAUGAUGACCAGUGGCAUCAGAGGCUUCCACGAACUGAAAACAAAAAAUAUUAAACAACAGGAAGAAAUAUAACGACAAAUUCGGGAUGUUUGCAUAGGAAGGUGCAAUAUUUAUUGCGGUAAUUUUUCUUUGUUUUCUUUUUUCCCCUCCCCCUUUGUUGCAUAAUGUUCCCGACUCAUGAUUUUCUGAGAAGCAUGACACAUUUUCCGCCCAUUAGAGACAAAAGUGAUUUUCACUUAGUUUCAGGUUUGUUAUGACUCAGUUGAGAAACAGUAUCAUACCGGUUUCCUCAUUUCUCGGUUUGACGAAAUGGGCACACACAAGUUAAUGUUACUUCCACUAGCUGCUGCAAUUGAAGCUUCAUUACACUUGUGAAACGAGGGAUCGGGGUUUUUUUUUUUUGGGAUGGCGUUUCUGUGAAAUCUGUUCUUCCCGUCGUUUCUGAAAACGUGUACCACUGAAUGGCUGAAGGUGGCAGUUUAAGGCAUGUUCUUAGAAGUGUAUCCUGUCAUUUAAAAAUUUUAAAUGUGUACCAACAAUCUGGAGAAAUUGUCAGUAUCAUAAGGACAGUUUAGCAAUAUGCAAUGAUCUUCAUUACGUAUUCCUCUUUGUGUUUGUUUGGGUUGUUUUUUUUUUUGUUUUUUUGUAUUUUGUUUCGUUUUUCCCCCCACCCUGAACUGAGGAUCAUCCAUUAAUAACCUUAUUAUUGUAUAAUAUAAACCAAAAAUCAAGUCAUGCAAUUUCAUUCAUGCUUUUAUUAUAAUGUUGGUUUUUUUUUUUUUCCAUGUUUCAGGGAAAAUGUACAAGUGUAUCCAUUUUGCCUUAACACUCAAUAGAAAUGUAGUAGACUUAACACAGAGUUGAAAUGUCAGUGAUGCUCAGGAAGUUCAGGUAGUACACUGAGACGUCUUUUAUUUUUCCUGAUAAUCAGCAUUUUUGAUAAAGAUUUAUAAAUAUGAAAGAAAGUGAGGUAUGUCCUACCAUAACACACUAAUUUAACAGUCAUAAAGCUGAAAUCUGUUGCAUUGUGAUAAUUAAUAUUAAUAUUUUUUGGCACCUCAUGUAAACCUCAAGUAGUAUAUUUUGUAAUAGUCUCAGACUUCUGAGCUUAACAUUCUUGAUUUCCUUCUGGAACUAACAGUGUAACUAUCUUAGCGUCAUCUUUACAAGAAUAGUUGCAUGACACACAAUACCAUUUUCCUUGUUUUGGUUUGUUAUGAGUCAGAUGAAAAGAAAAAAAAAAAGCAUUCCACCUCUGUAAGGUUAGAUAGGUUUAGGGCCGCUGAUCAGAAUUCUAAAGACUUUUUUUAAAUCAUUAUUUUGUGUUUUUGUUUGUUUCCUAUUUCUUGUAGUAAAGUGGCCUAGGAUGUGAGAUGGGAGAAAGACCCUAUAUUAUUAUUAUUAUUAUUAUUAUUAUUAUUAUUAUUAAAUCCUCAGUAUUGACAUUGGAGCAACUACUCUUCAGACAUAUUUGAUUGUAUAUGCCAAGUAUUUUUCUUUUAAUGUUAGCCUGAAUGAUACACUCAUGUUGAAAGACUGAAAUGGACUACUGCCUUUGUUCUCAAAUUGCUCAGUAAUAUUGUAUUUA